GCAUCGCAGCGCAUACACAAUGGCUGCUCGAAAGACGGGAAAGCAAACAAUUUUCAGGCCCGCCGCGUCUAGCAAAAAAUAUGAGAAAAAAAUUAUUAAAAAUUCGGAAAAUAGUUGAAAGUCAAGAAAAACUCAACAGAAAGGAUGCUAAAGCGUCCGGGGCCCCUGAGUCCGGGCGGUGUUGAGCACAUAAAGCUGGAUAGAAUAAUUGCAUCAGUACCAGUUGGCCACUGUGCCCCUGUCCAUGUAGCUGGGCUACCGUAGAGAGCCAUGGCCACGGGAAGCCAGGGCCACCGUGACCACAUCCUGGAGAAAGCCAAGCUUGCACCACCCAUGGGGAGGCGCAGGAGAGCAGAGGGGAAGCCGAAGAAAAAUUUCCCCUGCCAGGAGUGUCAGAAAGCUUUCAACAGUCUGGAGAAAUUGAAGGUGCACUCAUAUUCUCACACAGGAGAAAGACCCUACCGCUGCUCCCAUCCUGACUGCACCAAGGCUUUCGUCUCCAAAUACAAGCUGCUACGGCAUAUGGCAACUCACUCGCCAGAAAAAAACCACAAGUGUUCAUACUGUGAGAAAAUGUUCCACCGCAAGGAUCACUUAAAGAAUCACCUCCACACUCAUGACCCGUACAAGGAAGCAUUCAACUGUCAGGAGUGUGGCAAGAGCUACAACACCAAGCUGGGCUUCAAACGCCACCUCGCCCUCCACGCCGCCAACAGUGGAGACCUCACCUGCCAAGUGUGUCUGCAGCCGUUCCCCAGCACAGGGGUUCUUCUGGAACACCUCAAAACACAUGCUGGCAAGUCCUCUGGUGGGACCAAAGAGAAAAAGCAUCGCUGCGAGCACUGCGAGCGGCGAUUUUACACCCGUAAAGACGUGCGACGCCACAUGGUGGUGCACACAGGACGCAAGGACUUCCUUUGCCAGUACUGUGCCCAGCGCUUCGGGAGGAAAGACCACCUGACACGUCACAUGAAAAAGAGCCAUGCCCGGGAGCUGCUGAGGGUAAAAACUGAGCCAGCUGAUUCGCUGGAGCCAGCUGUCUAUGACUUGCCGUCUGGGGGGAUCAAGGGCGAACUCCCAGGAUUGCUGACACCGAGGCCGCACCAACUCAACAUGUACACAGGCCCCGUCCUGGACACAGAGCCCUUCCCCACCUCUACACACCCCUUUUCUUUAAAGUACCCGCUGGGCUCCAACUUUACCUCAUACACCUUCUCCUCACAGGAGCGGGAGCAAAAUCUAAAGGGAGAACUGGAGACCUACCUGAUGGAGCUGCAGAGCAGCAUGCCCUCUUCGUCCUCUGCAGCCCAAGAACCCCAACUCACCUCCUCCAAACUAGAGUUGGAGACUCAAGUGGGCGUGCUGGAUGAGACGAGCCAGGAGGUGUCCCUGUCCAAAAUGUCCACACCGGUGGCAACAGCUUCUGUAGGCGACUCUCUGGCUUCAUCUUCCUCUCUGAUGGACUUCUCACACCUUUUCAACUUCCUGCCACUCAAUGGGCCUCCGUACAGCCACGCAGGGGGCAGUGGGGGCCAGGGCGUCGCCUAUCCACCCCAUGAAGAGCCCGCAUCUCUUGUUCAGCUGCCCCCCCAUCCCCCCGACGGCCCAGAGGCUGCAGAGAAUCCACUUCAAGGGCUCCCCUCCUCCUUCAUUUCCAACCUGAGCACACCCACCACACUGCCUCGUUUCCACCAAGCUUUUCAGUGAUCCAUACUGCGCCGUCUGAUGUCCUCCAUUGCUGCCGUAAUAAUCACUAAAGCCACCAGAGGUCGCCGCCUAACAAGAAACAUAAAUAUGGGUCCUAUUAAGCAGCUUGAGCAUUUGACCUAUAUGGUCGUCUUUAUGAGGAUGGGCUGGACUGGACAUCUUACACAUUUUUGAAAUCGAUCAUGUGGCCAAUGUUCCACGUUGUGUCACAAAAUGAAAAGAGAACAAACUGCAUAAUGACUGAGCAAAUUCAAUUUUUUUGAUGCAGGCUGCGAGAUGUUGUUUAAAGGGCUGUACAAAAUGUAGUAAGUUAAGAUUAUUAUGUCCAACUACUGUUCCCAAGGUCAUGAGAGAACUUUCAUUCUCAACACGUGAUGAUUGUUGCUUUAAGUUGACUGUUUCAUUGAAAAACUUAGUAUAGUAUAUAUAUUCUUUUGGCGUCAGUAUCAAAACUCUGGUAUCAUACUGUACACAUUACAUUUUUCUUUUUAAUCAAUAAUCCGCCCUACAUGAAUCUAACUGAAGGAUGAAAAGUCACAAAGGUGAUGUUAGCCUAUUUAUGUAAUUUCAUAAAAUGAAUAUGACAUUUCAUCAGUAGAAUAGACAUCAUUUUGGACACUUUUUAUACUAUCGAGACAUCGGACUGCACACUAUAUGGCAAAAAUGUGAACUUUAUGACCUGCAAAAGAUUUUGCCAAACUUAACCUUCUCCCUUCCACCACAGUUAACAGAUGGUGCAUCUUAAUUCCAUGAAAUGUUUUAUGGAUACACAAUCCAAUAGUGUUAUCAUUUACCUCAAAUACUCAUCUUGUUUUUGUGCUCCGAGAUUCAAAACUGAUGAUAAACUAGAAGUGUUAAGCUCCCCUUUUCUUUCCUGAAUGACAGGACUUGAUGGGACAUGAAUGGACAAUAUUUUUCUGGGUUGUGUGAUAUGUAAAGUUGAAUGUGUAAUGUUUAAAAACAUUUAUGGAAGUUUGCUAUUUGUAUCUUGUGAAGGUUUGUGGUUUUACAUGAGAUGUUAGCAAGCCGCUAAUUCUUUUCAUAGCACUUUUUGUAAAUUGAAUGCCUUUAUUUCCUCCAAUACCCUUUGUUCAAAACCUUUAUUACAAAUGUAUAGAUGAUAUAUUUAGCUCUUUUAGAGAACAAUAACAUGUAAAUACAAUAUAAAAUGUUUUAUUUUUACAGGUACAAUUUUGACAGUGUUUUUCCUAUCAAAGUGUCAUUUUUGCUUUACUUGCACAAGUGUUCUGUGUAUCUCAUUGAGGGGUCUUUUAACAAAUAAUGUACCUUAAACACAGAUUUUUGUAGGCCUUGUUUUUCAGAAGUCCUUCUUGACUUUUCAACCGCUGGUUUAGGUGAGAGCAUAAGCAAUAAUGAAGCAUACAUGGACAAUUAGAUAGCACUAUAUCAUCUUGUCAUGGGUUGUUUAAAGGAAAAAAAAAAACAGAUAUAUGUUCAGUAACUACCAGGGUGAUUUUUCCUCAUCUGUCAUCCUUUGACCUCAGUGUGACAUUUUAUGACAUAUGAAAUAUUACUGAAUUUCUUAGUGGUUUCUGUCUGAAAGCUGUUGCAUGAACACAAAUUUUCCAGUUAGCGACCUGCACUUUCAUCUUUUUGCGUAGCUCAUUCGGAGCACUCCAGGAAUUUGAUGUGGGGAGAAUAAAAGCAACAAACGCUGACUGAAAGAAAAGUUGAAAGAAAACUGAAAGGAAAAAAAAAAAAAAAAGCUCUACACAUCGGAGAAAGUAGGUCCAGAUUUGAAGUCCGGUAUUAGAUCAAGUUCACAAUUCUGAUGCUUAACUCAAGUGUCCUGGGCAAAAGGAAAUAGGAUAAUCAGAAUGUCUCCCACAGUUGAUAGGAGAUGCUCUUCAGUGAGAGGCACAGACCUUCAGCAAAUCAUGUCAAACUUCUUUAUAAGCUUCAGUGGUACCAGUGAACUUUAUUGAAUGUGUAUGUAAGAAACACUGCAAUACUGCAAUAUAUUUUGGUAUUGGAUCAAGCUGCUAACAUACUUCUAAAGCUCCUUAUGGUGCUACAGACCUCUUUUCUUGUUCUUAAGUGUAUCAUUUGUACAAACAAAGUAUCCAGUUUAGCUGAACAGUUGGCAGUGUGCCUGGUUGUACUAUAUAGCUACAUAUAUUUUUAUUGUACUGUGACUUUUGUAGUCUUUUGACAGACUUGCCUGUAAUAUCACAUGCCCCCGACUCCCUCCCCGUCUGUGUGUUGUGAUAUUGGGAAACGGUCAAGGUGGGAGAUUGCUCUGAGUGAAGUCACUCAGCAGAGAUGAAGACAUAAGGUGUCACCGACAAACAUGACUCCAUGUGACACAAUUUCAAAAUGAGCUGAGGAAGUUCAGAGAUGAACUGCAUUCCAGCCAUGUUGGUUUUGUUAUUUGUUGCAUUUCAAGAAUGCCAUCCUGUGACAAUGAUGGACUCAUUUCUAAUUCUCAAUAUUCUACUUCAAAUCUAUUUUACAAACUACUGUUGUAUUUUUAUGAAUAUAGGCAAAGUAAUUCACAUAAACAUAUAUAUAAGUAAAUAUAUAUGUAUAUGUUUAUAGGUUGUGUAAAAUAAAAAUUAAUACUGCAGCUUUUAUCCGUUGUUUCUUAAACAUUGACAUCAUCCAAAGAGGCAGAUUAUUUAUUGUCUGGCAGAAUAACCUGAUUUGAUUUACAUACCUUGCUGCUAUGAGAGAGAAGAACUGCAGUCGUCAACUCCAGUGUUUUUACACAAUGUAAUGAAAGUUCAAUAAACAUAAGAGAAAGA